AUGGACAUCCGUUUACAGCUCCAAAUCAAGAAAGAUCCAAAAUCUUAUGCUGAUCUUUAUCGUAAUGAAGUAGAUAAGCUUAGAGGUAUGAUCAAAAUCUCAAAACUCGAUCCUGCGGCACGAAAUCCUGAACUCUGUUCAUUACUAGUCUUUUUACCCCACAUAUCUUCACAUUUUGAAGAUAGCAUUGCUGGUGACAUUUUUAGUUAUACAUUAGAUUAUUAUUCUUUAUUAGAUAAGAGUAUGGCCCAUUCAGCCAUUACUUCUAUUACUACACUUAAAAAGACUAAACAGAUUGGGCCUGAGAUCUUCUAUAAGCAAGCUAUUCCUUUGGUUGAAGAGAUGGACAAACGAACCAAAACAGUCUUCAUUCAGUUUUUAAUAGCCGAAAUGAUCAGAGAUUCUGAACAUUGGGGUUUAAUUAAGGAGAUCUUGUUGCAGGCGGUUAAAUCAGGUGUAGAAGCCCAUGCUAAACGAGCCGCGUAUAUCUUUAUGCAUAUGGUUAGUCGUGGGGCCUGGAUGGAUAGUGAAUCGGCCGAAAUAGUCUUUAAACUAGUUCUUGAUUCACCAUCAGUUGUAGUUGGUUUUGUUUUUAUGUAUCUUUUAGAUAAAGUUGAGUUAGUUGUGAAAGAAGAAGAUAUCGAAAUUCCAGAUGAGAAAAACAAACGUUCAAAAAUCAAAAGAGAAACCAGUGCCGAUAAGCGCAAACAAGCCAAAGCCAAAAAAGAGCUACAAAAGAAGCUUGAAGCCAAGAAAGAAAGAUUAGAAAACAAAGAGCCUAAUAUUGUUUUACUUCUCCAGCAGAUAGAAGAUAAGGGUCCUUCCUAUGGAGCCAAAAUCUUUAAACGUAUCAAAACAUCCAAUCAUUCUUCAGAUAUCAAAUUACAAAUGGCCCAAGUUGUUUCUAGAAUAGCUUGUUACUACCAAAUUACCAUCAAAGGAUUCCUAGGAUACAUGCUAAGGUUUAUGUUCCCCCAUCAGGAAAAGCUUCCCCAAGUCUUUGCUGCUAUUGCUCAAAGUAUUCAUGAAGAGACGCCCAGUAAAGAGGUAGAAGCUAUUUGCAACAGUAUAGUUGAACAUUUCUGUAGUGAUUAUAAAGAUGAUGAAGUUAUUGCCUAUGGCAUAAACUCCUUACGAGCUAUUAUUAAGCGCUACCCAGAAGCCUCUAAGUAUGCUUGUAUUAAUCAUGUUCUGGACUACCGCCGGACUGGUAAAGCCCGAGCUGUAACUGCCUCUCAUUCCCUCAAGAAGAUGCUUAAGGAAGCGGCCAAAGCCGCCACUAAGCUAACUCCAGCUGCUUCACUUCCUGAAGAAGCAAUGGAAAGCGACUCUUCCGAAGACUUACCCUAUAAAGAAAGACUAGCAGAUGAAGCCCAUCUUUACUGUGAAGGUCUCUCUAAUGAUGGCAACAGCGAUACAGAAGAAGAGUCUUUAGAAGAAUCUAUUGAUUCCGAGAAUGAAGAUCCUAAUGGGUUUGUGACUGAAGAAGCAAUCAGUAAGAUUCGUAAGAAAGCCACUAAAGAAGAAAUGAUUGAAAAGGCCAAAGCCGAUAAGCACCAAAGAAAACAAAAAGAUCUUCCAUCUACCAACCGUGAAAAGCAAAAGGAAACCAACUAUACCGUUCGUAAGACCAAAAGAAAAGCUAUCGGCAAGAAACUCAGUAAGUCCGUUAAAAGAAGAAGAUAA